AUGUCUUCUUCUUCUUCUUCUUCUUACCACAUGGCGCUGCUAAUGGCGGUUCUGGUUUUCCUUCCGGCGGCGCGGUCGACGGUCCUGAUUCCGUCCGACAAGGCGCAAUUGGCGGCGUGGUUCGCGAAAGAGGUUGGGAUGUUCAGCACGCGCAAAGUGGCCCUCCACACGAUGGUGGCGAGCGCCGAGAAGCGCGCGAAGAUCAUCACGGUCAGGGCGGACGGGACGGGGCAGUUCAAGACCCUGACCGAGGCCAUUAACAGCAUCCCCACCAACAACCAGAAUCGGGUAAUCGUCUGCAUCGGCCCCGGCAACUACACCGAGAAGGUCAAGAUCGACCGGCUCAAGCCCUUCGUCACGCUCCACGGCGACCCCAUCAACAUGCCCACCUUGAUAUACGACGGCACCGCCCUCAAGUACGGCACCACCGACAGCGGCACCUUGAUCGUCGAAUCGGACUACUUCAGCGCCGUCAAUAUCAAAGUCGUCAACACGGCCCCGAGGCCCGACGGGAAGAUGAAGGAUGCGCAGGCGGUGGCGAUGGAUAUAUCGGGGGACUACGCCUCCUUCUACAAUUGUAGAUUCCAUGGAUUUCAGGACACCCUCCUCGACGACAAGGGCAGGCAUUUCUUCAAGGACUGCUACAUCGAGGGCACCGUCGAUUUCAUAUUCGGCGCCGGCCAAUCGCUCUACCUGAAUUCGGAGAUCCACGUGAUCCCAGGGGACAAAAUGGCGAUCAUCACGGCGCACUCUCGGUCGAAGCCCGACGAAGGCAGCGGGUACGUGUUCGCCCACUGCUCCAUCACGGGCAGCGGGGGCACGGCCUACCUGGGCAGGUCCUGGUUCGACUACUCUCGCGUCAUAUUCGCCUUCUGCGACAUGAGCGACGUCGUCAUCCCCGAGGGAUGGUCCAACAACAGACAGCCCGAAACUAACGGAACUGUGUACUUCGGAGAAUUCAACAACAGAGGCCCCGGCGCGGCCCUCAACAGCCGCGUCACAUUCUGUAAGAAGAUGACCGAAUCGGACUGCAACCAGUUCCUCAGCCUCUCUUACAUUGAGGCCGCCACCUGGCUCCUCCCUCCCGCCACCGUACAGCUGCCCGCCGCCCGUUAA